AUGGCGGACAACAAGCUGAAGUACACUGUGCAGGAGUGCGAGGACCUGCUCUGCGUCCCCGGGAGCAUCUUCGAGCUGGAGCGCAAGACGCUCUGGGGCCACGAGCAAAAGGUGUGGAAGCACCAAGUCCCCACCUUCCGCGCGAUGAUCACGGAGCGCAUGCCCAAGUUUGCGUCCAAGGUCUUCCUCUCCUCGCCGAUCGCGGACCCGGAACCCUUCGACGCCCGCGAGACGCUGACGCACGGUGAGGCGUACGAGCGCGCAAUCAACUUUGCCGCCCUCCUCCGCGGAGCGGGGGUCGGGGCCGGUUCCCGCGUCGCCAUCGGCGGGACAAACUGCACAAGCUGGGUCAUCGCCUUCCUUGGCGCGCACCUUGUGGGUGCCGUCCCCGUGUUGUUGAACAGCGGGCUGCACGUCGACGCAACCCUGCACUGCCUGAAACUGACGCAGCCGGACCUCAUCGUCGUCGACGACGCGAUGGCGGACCAGCUCGGGCCGGCCGAGGCGCAGCUGCGCGCCGCCGGCGUCCGCGCCGACGUGUGGUGCUGGACCUCCCUCGGCCACCUGAACAAAGCCGCGCAGCGCGUCGCCAAGGCCGUCCAGGACAUGCAGCCGAACCACGCCAACAUCCGCCGCGUAAAGGAGGAGCAACUGAACAUUGGCCCCGAGUCCGACGCCAUCAUCUACUUCACCUCGGGCACGACGAGCAUGCCCAAGGGCGUGCUCGUGACGCAGCGCCAGGCAUUGCACAUCCUCAUUUCGACGCAGUACGUGCCUGCGCGCAUGGCGCUGCGUCUCGGCGCGAGUCCCGCCGAGGCGACCGCCCUGGCGACGGCGCCAAAGGAGGACGCAUGUGCGCUCCUGUCCAUCCCGCUGUUCCACGUGCAGGGCAAUCUGAACUGGCUCGUCUGCGCCGUGGCCGAGGGCACGAAGCUGGCCUUCCUGCGCCGCUGGAGCGUGCCGGACGCAAUCAAGAUCAUGGUGCAAGAGAAAGUGGGCAAGAUCGGGGGCGUGCCCGCGAUCGCGACGAGUGUGCUCCAGUCCCCGUUGCUGCCGAAGAGCUUCCAGCUCGCCUCGACCACGUUUGGCGGCGCGAGCCCGCCCACCCGUCUUCCGGCCGACAUUAUGAGGCGCUUCCCCGAGUGUAUCCCCGCCACGGGGUGGGGCAUGACCGAGACCAACUCGACGCACACGUCCUUUGCUGGCGUCGAGUAUGUCAACAAGCCCAAGAGCUGUGGCCAGGCCGUGCCCAUCUGCACCAUCAAGGUCGUCGACCCCAAGACGAAGAGGGAGCUGCCGCCCGGUACGCCGGGACUGCUCCUCGCGUACGGCUCGAACAUUAUGAAGUGUUACGUCAACAACCCGAGUGAAUACGCAAACGAGGACCGCGCUGACGGCCCAGAGGCGACGGCCGAGACGCUCGUAGACGGCUGGCUGGACACGGGCGACAUCGCCUACAUCGACGCCGACGGCGACCUGGCCAUAAGCGACCGGGCAAAGGACAUCAUCAUCCGGGGCGGCGAGAACAUCCCCAGUGCCGAGGUCGAGCGCGCGCUGGCGCAGGACGACCGCGUCGCUGAGGCGUGCGCGGUGCCCGUGCCCGACGACGUGCUGGGCGAGCGCGUCGGCGUCGCCGUCAGUCUGGCCCCCGGGGCUAGUGCCACGGAGGAAUCUAUUGCAGAGACCGUCUUCCCGAGACUCAGGUAUCCGGCGCGUCCCGCCGUCGUGCUGGUUAGCAAGGGUCCGCUGCGCAUCCUGGGCUUGCUAGGGUUGCGGGCGAGAAUAAUCUACGCUCAGCUUUGCAUUUCAAUGAGAGGAUAUGUGCUAACACCCCCAGCGUGGAACGCGAGCCAGAAGAUCCUCAAGUCGGAAGUCAAGAAGAUGGUCGUUGCCAAGUGGGAGAAAGCCGGGCGCAAGCCGCUCGUCGACCCGAGCCGCGCGAGGCUGUAG